AUGCCAGAGGAGCAGUUAGGAUAUACGAGGACUGACGAAAUUGUUUCGAAACAUCCAAUGGCUGGUGAUGGGUUGGUUCAUGGUCACAUACAUAAAUAUAAUAAUCUAACUUAUAUUCAUGGCCAUAUCCAUCAUACGGCUGUUGGUGAGAAUAAUGAUUCUUCGUCAUCAUUAUCGAAUAAUGGACCUGUUUUGCAACAGGUUGAGGGAAUACCUAUUGCUUCUGCCAAGAGGCGAAUGUCAAAUAUGACUUUACUCGAUUGCAAACAUUUCGAAUUCGUGGAUUACCAUGGAUUGAAUGAUGUAAACAGUGCAUACAAUGGAAUGAUGAGUUGGGGAGAUACUAAUUAUAAUAUGAAUUCGAAAUUUGGUCAUGCUCUAUACCCUGGUGGUAAUAGUAAUUAUGUAAUCGAUGAUGAAUUGUUAGUGACUAAAAAACGGAAAGUGUGCAAGAAAAACGAAGAUCGUGACUGCAACUGUAAUCCUAAAGUUUUAGAGGUUUGUUGUGAUAUUAAGCAUGAUCCAAAGUCAGUUGAUCCAGAGCCUCAGACUGAUAUCAGAGAAUAUAACGACUUGAACAUGAAUAUAUAUACUAAUAGCCAAGGUUUCUUUUCAAAUACUGGUUAUUUUAAGCAGGUGAUACCAACAGUGUUAAAUCAAGUUGCUUCUACAUCUACUGCCACUACUGCUACUUCUACAUCUAUUUCUACCACCGCUACUGCCUGUACUACCGCUACCACUUCCAGUAUCAGUGCUAACAAAAGUUCUAUUGCCAAUGGCAAAGUUAGCGACAGCAAAAUGGUCAAUCAACUACCCAUCAAAUGUGAUCUAACUUGCGAACAGAAUUGCAAGAUGGAUCCAGACCUUCAUUGUUCAUUGAAUGAAAAAGGGAGUUCGACUGAAAAUACUUAUGCUCAGGAAGUAGCUGAAGAUUUUGAAAAUUUCUGUAGAGAAUGUUUGACCUCCACAGAACAAGUACCAAAUCAUCAGCAUCAGCAUCAGCACACUCGCAUACAACAAAAUAAUGAAGUUCAAAUAUUGCCAGGGAAAGAGAAUUGCCAUGACCAUGUCGUAAAUUCAGAAAUGGACAUGAAAGUUUUAGAUGACCUAUGGAACAUAACAUCACUUUAUGAACUUCCAUUUACGAAACAUAAAAAUCAUCAUGAUAUAGAAUCGCAUGCAAUGUCCAAGUCAAAGAAUAUUUCAGAAGACUAUCACUCAUAUCAUAAGGAGCAUCACCACCACCUCAUUCAAUUUCAUCCGCAUUCCUCAAUAGAAAAUACUAAUCCAGAUCUUGGUUACCUUCAUGUAGAACAUAACCAAAACUAUCCUGUGGUGGGUAGUGAUUACAGCUAUGAACGUAAAAGAAGAACUCCAGAAAUUAAAAAGGAACAAGAUAGCCCAUCUGUUCUUCAUCAUCAUGUUAAAUCUGAUAAAGGAAACUGCAAGGCCAAUAUUGCCAAUGAAACUGAGCUAAAUACAAUAAAUUUUAAUUGGAUAUUUAAGCAAGAGGAAGACAUAGCUAAUAAGGACAUAGAUUGUAAGUGGAACAAAUGUCCUGAAAAAUAUAAAAGCCUCAUCGAUUUACAAAAACAUGUUUUAAGAGAUCAUGUUUCCAAACAAACAGUCGACUCCACUGAUACUAUAUGUAAUUGGCAAGAUUGUUUGUUUGAAGGGGAGGAUAUAUGUUCUUUAAUAAACCAUAUUAAUACAAAACAUGGUAUCAACUUUGACAUUAAAUAUGUCAACCUUAAUGCCAAUGUAGCUAAUGAAGAAGAUGGAUCGAAGAAAGCCGCUUCAGAUAUUAAAAUAGAAAAUGAAAGUGCAAUCUCAGACGGUUUACCGUGUAAAUGGGAUGGAUGCAAUGAAGUAUUUUUAAGUUGUAAAGAACUAAAUGCCCAUAUAGAGGAAAAACAUCUUGAAAGUGGUCAAUCUGAAUAUCGAUGUCUAUGGAAAGAUUGUGGUCAUAAGUUUACGCAAAGACAGAAAAUAUUACGGCAUAUUAGAGUGCAUUCUGGAUUUAAACCAUUUAAGUGUGAAAGUUGUAACAAAACUUUCGCUAGUGAAGAAAACCUUAUCCAGCACAAAAGAACUCACUCGGGAGAGAAGCCUUUUGUGUGCCAAAUAUGUGGCAGUAAGUUUUCAAGUCCAAGCUAUUUAAAAGUCCAUAUCAGAAUUCAUACCGGCGAGAAACCGUUAAGUUGUAAAGUAUGUGGUAAAAAGUUUAGUUCCUCUUCUAACUUGAACAAACAUUACAAGACUCAUUACAAAAAGUAUAAAUGCCAAGGUUGUCUUUCCAGUUUCACUGACAAGGAUAAAUUUGAAACUCAUCUAAAAAAAUGCAAUAGACAGGAUACUAUUGUUAAAGAUGAGAAUAAAGUGGUGAGAUGGUAG